GCACUGCAACAUUAGGGGCGCCAAAGUGGAAUUUUCCAUAUGCCCGCCCCACGGUCCGGCCCCUUCACCCACGCCCCCUUCCUCUGCCGUGCUGCAAGUUGCUUUCUCUUCGCUCCCACCUUGCCUCGGUCUUCUGUUGCGCGGACAGGACAUAACUAAGUCGCCUUGCCGUUAUCAUGCCAGGCCUGCUGCUGGGAGAUGACGCGCCCAACUUCCAGGCGGACACCACGCACGGCCCUAUCCACUUUCACGAAUUCCUGGGAAGCUCAUGGGGCAUCCUAUUCUCUCAUCCACGGGAUUUUACUCCAGUGUGCACAACGGAGCUUGGUCGAGCAGCAAAGCUGGCACCAGAGUUUGCCAGGCGUAACAUUAAAAUGAUAGCCCUAUCUAUUGAUGAUGUCAGCGAUCAUCUCUGCUGGAGCAAGGACAUCAAUGCCUACAAUGGUGACGAGGCCAAAGAAAAGCUCCCCUUUCCAAUAAUUGCUGACUCAAAACGGGAGCUUGCAGUUCAGCUGGGCAUGCUGGACCCAGAUGAGAGAGACAAGGAUGGCAUCCCUCUGACUGCUCGUGUUGUGUUCGUUUUUGGGCCAGACAAGAAACUCAAACUUUCUAUCCUCUACCCAGCAACCACUGGCAGAAACUUUGAUGAGAUUCUAAGAGUGGUUGAUUCCCUGCAGCUAACCGCCGCUCAGAAGGUUGCUACCCCAGUUGACUGGAAGCCUGGGGACCAGGUCAUGGUAAUUCCAAGUGUACCAGAUGAAGAGGCCAAAAAGCUGUUCCCAGGAGGAGUUCACACCAAAGAACUUCCAUCAGGCAAGAAAUACCUUCGUUAUACACCUCAGCCUCAAUAGCAACUGUGAAGAGAGAUCGAACAAACCGGAAAGCUGGUUUAACUGUGUAACUGUCUUGUGUGGAAGGAGAUUUGGAAAAGAUAUUGCCAAGGACAGUAUAGUUAGACUUUACUGUUUAGAUGCUCUUUUUUUUUAAGUACAGUGGGUGAAUCUCUAUGGUCUAGACUUAUAAUCUUACCUAGUCAGUGUAGGUUUGUUCUAUUCAGACAUGUAAUCAGUUGUUUUGGAUUUACUUUAAAUGAAUAAUCAAUUUCUGUUCUCCAGCCAUGUGAAACACUUUUUGGAUAACAUUCUUUGGCAUUGAAAAUGUUAAUAAGUGGGCAAACAAUUUCUUGUGCUCCCACAUGUAGAAAAUCACAAAAUACACCUUAGCCAACCAUACAUUAUAUUGUAAAGGCUCCAAGGAUCACAUGAGGUAAGAUUCUUGAGCAAAGUUCAUUAGAAAUUAUUGUGAGCAGAUUGUUUCCACAGCUGAAGCUUGUUGCAAUUGUUGUGUGCCUUUAUUUCAAAUUAAUAUAUUGUACUAAUCAAAAACCCUAAUUUAGAAAGGCUCAUUAACUGUCCAUUCUGCAUAGGAUACUUUGGACUGAUGGCUUUACCAGAAAUACUUGUAAUUUUUCACCACUCUUAUUGAGGAAAUAAAACUAGCUAUUAAAAGG